UGUUUGACGUCAAAACUAGCAGAAAAAUUUCAUCUAGUUCUCAUGCGCACUCCAAUAGAGCAGAUCCAAGCGCUGCUAUUUUUUUGAAGAAGUUAGUAGUUACAAGCCGUUAGACUAACUACUAACUCUUCGAGUUAGUAUAACUACUAACUGACUAACUGUUUAAGUUAGUGGUUAGACUAACUACUAACCCUUCUAGUUAGGAGUUUGACUAACUGACUAACUAUUUCAGUUCAUAGUUUAAAUAACUACUAACUGUUUUCGUUAGUAGUUAGUACAAACUUAACGGAACUCCGACAGCCCUAUCUGCUAUAAUCAGUUACACUGGAUUUUGCACCUUGUUAAGCAUUAGAAACGUAUCGAUCUAAACUGGUCAUUAAGCACGAAAAAUGCCACUCUAAAAAUCACUCAAAAAGGCAAUAAAUGGGUGUUGAACUUGAAACAGCCAAUCGAGGUUGAUCAAAUCAUUCUCGUCACCGGUUAUUCAUCGCAGCUCGUACACUGGUGUCAGAUCAAGCAUUAUAGGAUGGGAUAUUGAAAGAUUGGGGUAAUGGCGUUAUCAAGGUGAUUGGUGGAUCAGCUGGUGGCCUGUACAGAUCCUACUUAUUGUUAAGACUAGAGUUAUACACUUAGCGCACUGCAAGAAUAUCUACGAUCUCACCAAUUACAAUUACGACCGAAGAAGAAGAAGGAGAAUGAAAGGACACAAUGGAAUUUCAGCAGCAACAGUAGUUUGUAAAUGAUAAUAGUUAACAGUUCGAAUAAUUUAUAAUGAAUAAUUUAAAUUUUAUUUAAAUUUAAAUUUAUAAUUAAUUUUGUUCGAAUAAUAGUUCGAAGAAUUUACACAGACACUUCAAGCUGCGGAACAAAUUGAACAACAACUAUUAGCAAAGACUCCUGUCUUUGGUGCAACAGUUGAUAGUGUUAGUCGAUGGCUCAAUUUUAAAGAAUUUAUGUUUUAUAAAUUAAGUUAUCCACGGAUGUGUUGGGUGUAUGAAGCAUCAAAACAUUUAUCAAGUGAUUUGAUUGAUUCAUAG